AUGACCGAACUACGGAGUCGAAGCACCACAUCCAAAGCCUCGAACGGAGACGCGUCGAGCAAGACGAAUGGCGUCGUAGCUGGUCAUGAUACACCACCGCCGUCAGCAGCGCGUGUGUCGUCGUCGUCGUCGUCGCCGUCGUCGUCGCCGUCGCGCCCUUCGGCUGUGCGACGUGAAAUGAGCACCGAACGAGUCGAUCGCGGAAGGAUUCGAUCAGGGUCAGUGCGCGGUUGCUGAACGUUCAUCGUGCGAUUGAACGCUGACUGGACGUACGGGUCCUUCGCUUUGACAGACUCGAAGUAAGCGCUCGCCUACACCCCGUGGCCCCGUGGCCCCUGCUCAACGCUCGAUCUCGAUCCGAGCUCUCAAGCCCAUCCCGAGCAAGAAGAACUGACGUGUUCCCUUUGGAACCCGCGCUCCAGAUCCCUCGCAAGCUCCUCCAUUCGAGCAUCUCCGUCUUCGCCGUCUACCUCUGGCAACAACACCCCAACGUCACGACCCUGUUGCGUUGGUCGCUCUUGAUCGCGACCAUCAUCGUCGUCGCCGAUCUGAUCAGGUUCAAGAGCCCCGCCUUCGAGUUGACGUAUGAGAAGUAUUUGGGGUAUUUGAUGGUCAGUGCUUUGGACGUGCAGACCGAGGUUUGGGGGAUACUUUGCUGAUGGUAAUAUUUCGGGUCACACAGAGGGAACAUGAGCGAGGUUCGUCCGACGUGCAGUUUGUGGAAACCACUUCGGGAGAUACACCCAAACUGACCUCCGCUUAUCACCAUCCAGAAUCCGUCAAUGGGACAAUCUACUACUUUGGGGGUGUCCUCUUUUGCCUCACCUUCCUCCCGAGAGGUAAGGCCAUUUGCUCGGCAGUCGACCCUCUCCGGAUGGCAUGCUCAUAGCUCCCUCUGUCAUCCCCUUGCAGACAUCGCCACAUUAUCUUGCGUCAUGCUUUCCCUAUGCGAUACGACCGCAUCCGUAUUCGGUCGAUUGUACGGCAAAUACACCCCCAAACUACCCUUCUCCGGCACCCUCUUUGGGCGUAAAAAGUCCCUCGCCGGAACGCUCGCCGCCGUCAUGACGGGGACCUUGGCGGCGUAUUACUUUUGGGGAACGGUCAGCGUGUUGGGCGAUGAAGGUGAUUCGUCGUGGUUGCCGGCGAGAAAGGCGUCGACGUGGGUGUUGCAGAGGAGUCAGAACCCGACAAGGCUGCCGAGGUUGCCGAGUCCGAAUAGGUGCGUGUUGGCGAGUUCAAGAGCGAUGCGACGCGUUGGCGACGUAUUCAAAGAGUGUCACUGACCUUUUGAAUCUGUACAAAAUCCGUACAGUACGUUGUCGUUGCCGGCUUUGUCGGUUGUGUGUGGGUUGAUCGCCGGCGUCGCCGAGGCGAUCGACGUCUUUGGACUUGACGACAAUUUGACCUUGCCCGUAUUGUUCGGCCUCAUGUAAGUCCACUGUCGCUCUCGAUCUCCAGUUUUCGGCUUGCUGACAGCCCCAUUCGGUUUUGUUCUCUCGUCAUUCUCGCAUCGAGCAGUGCCUGGGCCGUAAUGACGAGUAAGUCCUGAAUCUUCUUACACGGACAUCGUCUACCUGACGGACUCUAAAGGAAGCUUAACGGACACAUCUUGAUUCAAUCACAGUCAUCGCAUAA